GCGCACAACUUUUCUGCACCGACAUCAACAAACGGAGUGCAGGAGCAGGAGGGAGAGCGGAGAGAGAGCAGAUUGUUCGGGUGAGAGGAGAGUUCAGAGAGGAUGUUUUAAGAAGGAUUCUCUCACUUUGCAAUCCGGAAACUUUUUUUUGGCUCAAAGCGGUUCGGAUGGUCGGGAAGAUGACAGUGACAUAGCUUUACAUCUUCGGACUCAUUCACCGAGUUUCUUUUGUGAGUAAAUCCAUCUCAAUGAAGAGUCUCUAACCCGGAGCGGCACUCUCCUGAAGCCCACAGGACGCAGGGAACCGAGAACCGCAGCGGGUUGCCGGGAUGCUGCGCCUGCUGAACUGCCUGCUGCUGGGAUAUCUGACCUGGAAUCUGCGGAUAUCAGACGCACAGGGGGAGUACUGCCACGGCUGGCUGGACGCUAAUGGGAAUUAUCACGAGGGUUUCCAGUGUCCGGAGGACUUUGACACCAUGGACGCCACCGUGUGCUGCGGCUCCUGCUCGCUGCGCUACUGCUGCGCCGCCGCGGACGCACGGCUGGACCAGGGCAUCUGCACCAACGACAGGGAGGUGGACAACACCGAGUUCGCAGCGCAGCCCAUCUACGUGCCCUUUCUGAUGGUGGGGAGCAUCUUCGUCGCCUUCGUCGUGGUCGGUUCUCUGGUGGCCGUCUACUGCUGCACCUGCCUGCGGCCCAAGCAGCCCACCCAGCAGCCCAUUCGCUUCUCCCUGCGUAGCUGCCAGGGCGAAACCAUCCCCAUGAUCCUCACCACCGCUCCCCCGAGCCUCCGUGCCCCAUCACGGCAGUCCAGCACAGCCACCACCAGCUCUAGCUCGGCAGGAGGAGGCAGCUCCAUGCGGAGGUUCUCCCUCGGAGGUCAGGGGCAGCAGCAGCACGGCUGCCUGGUGUCUGCCACCGUCUCCUCGUCGGCCUCCACCCCCACUCAGACCCUUCAGACUCUACCUCCACCUCCACCUCCCCCUUACACAUCUCCGCCUGCACCCAUGUCAGGAGGCCUCCAACACCCCUCCACCCACGCCCAGCUACAGCUCCACCAGCCCUCGCUGACCUCUCACCCCUCUCAGAACACCGGGUUCCUCCUGCCGCAGCAGUACUUCUUCCCCCUGCAGCCCGAUGCCUUCACAGCGGCCAAGGGCUUUGCAGACUUCGGACAGAGCUGACAGGGCUCCCAGGAGGGGUAAUAGAGGGAUUACAUGAUUUUUUUUUUAUGGUAGGAUGUGAGCCGGCGAGGACAAACACACUGCAACACAGCUGGUGGUGUUUGGGUGGAAGGCCCAGGCCGGCUCAAUGGACACAGAGAGCGCCAGAGGAGGACAAGGGACAAAGCUGCCGAGGUUGAGCAACGUGGCGUUUCCCCCUCUGCAUCACAGGUCACAUCAACAAACCUGUUAGAGGCAGUUUUAAAUCUUGUGCACUUUUAUCUUAUAUUGUAUACAGACCCUCACUGGCCUACAUUUUAUUUUUUAUACAUGUUGUUUUUCAAUGUGACGUCUUACAACACAGACUGAAAUCUUGCAAAUUUAUCUCACACCUUCCAUAACAGACAGAAAUACUGUAGACGGCAAAGACACUGUCACUCUGAGACUCUGAGCACCGUUACAUUAUUAGAAAUAGACGUUCGAAACCAGGGAAAUUUUGUGUUUUUUGACAAUCGCAAGGACCUCCUAAAAACAGGAGGCUCUGAUACACAAAGGACAUUUUAUUUUGGAAGAAUUGUGUACUUUUAUAAGAUGUUACAGGCAUUAUAGCCAGAGCAGGGUUGUCAUAUCGAUUCUCUAAUUUACAGUAAAUAAAAUGUUGUCUCUCAGUACCGAACUGAUAAAUGUGAAGAAAAGUCUGUUAAUUUACAAUCCUGACAUUUGAGCGUAAAGUGUGCGCUCUGAAAGAAGCCUCAUCAUCGUUCAAACAAAAAAGGAAACCGGAGCGGCCGGGCCUGCAAAGCAGCUCCCUACCUGUCGCUCAUUCUUGCGCCAGAGUUCACAGCAGGAAUGUAGCGCUGAGAUCAGUCAUUGUCAGUGUUCAAUGAGCAUGGCAUGGUCACAGUGUUAAAAACAACUCGCCCCAGAAAUAGAGGUUUAGGUUGCAGCAACAGGUAUGGCAAACUCUCGACAAAGACCCUUCUGUUCUCCGGUUAUCUGACUGUGAAAUAGACGCGGCAAUCAGUGUCUCACGAAACCUGCAGACUGUCUGAGGACGUUUGCGGCUACGUUCAGGGGUCCCUAAAGUCUGCUAUCACUGGACUGUAACAUCACAACUUCUAUGAUCAGUUAUUUGACAGAAUCCAGUGUUAACUUUUCCAGGUCUUGUUUAUACUUGCAGCUGUCAGUUCAGGCUUCAGUUCUCACAUUCCACGCUCUGCUUAUAAAAGGAUAAAACUAGUUGUGAACAAGUUUUCAUGACAUUUCCUAAAUCUUUUGGAUAGUUAUAAUCUUUAAUGUCUUUGCCAGGUCUUGAGAAAGUUUCCAGCUUCUUUUCCAAGUUCUGCAUGAAGGCAGGAAUCCUGAUGAUUACUCCUCACACUGAAGGCUUUUACUUGUCUCACAGGUUUCAUCAAAAUUCAAACUUUCUAACUUCUUAAGUGACUGUGGUGAUGACAUAAACAACACAUUAAAGUUAUUAUCUUCUUCUAUUAUCCAUCAUCUUAAACUUAUUAUCUUAUUUUCAUGAAAUCAAACCAGCUUUUUGAUACUCUUUGUGGUUGCCAUUGUUUCAACAAUAGCCAGCAGUGGUGGAGUCCGCCUGUCCUGCAGUGCAUUCACACUGCCUACCCUCAUAGAGAGGAUUUAAAGGAAAAGAUGCAUUUACAAAUUCAGUGUUAAGGUACAGCCAUAAUACUUUUCCAUUCAAUAUAACUGCCUCUGAAAAAGGACAUGUAACAGCUCUAAUGCAGGUAAUAAAUUAAUAUUGAUUAAUGAAAGACAGAAAACAGCAUAGAAGAGUAACGCUAGAGUUUGUAUUCUGGCAGUGUGAGAAUGUGCUAACUGUAGUGAUGAAAUAUGCUGGUGCUAAUGCAAGUUGGAGAUGGAACCAAAUAUCAAAUGUCAAAAUGAGUCUUCAAAAUAAUAAAAUAAAUAUAUAUAUAUAUAUUACUCUAAUGGAGCCAGAAGCAUCAAACACUGUUAACAGAUACAACAGUUUCUCUUCUAUUGUAUUUAUGACUUUAAAUGAUUUUAGUAGGGCUGGAACUAACAAUAACUAAUAAUAAUAAAUCUAUCUAAUGAU